CUUGAAACUAGCCACCCGUAACCAAGAACCAAGAAAUUCCAGGGAGUAAUUGAAAGCAACACUUUUAAAUAAACUCGUGUCUCGUGCGGUCCCAUAGUAACGGCGUCUCAGUCACGGUGUCAAAGUAUGUAAUUUAACGUGUCUGCUUGAUUGCCAGUUGCUUCGGGCACUUCGCAAUGACUUUUAUCUCACUUCGUGUAGCUUCGGGUGUCAGUUGAAGAGACAGAACCCGAGCGUUAGUUAGACCUGCCCCUGUUUUGACGAGCGUUUCCUCUUUUACUUCAACCACAUGCUGGUACUACACAACGGCAGCAGUGCACACACCGCAAGUUGAACAGAUAAGUCUCUCUCUCUCUCUCUCUCUCUCUCUCACACACACACACAGACACACAGAUCCCCUUCUCACCCUGCUGUAAGUUAUAAACCCUCCACAUCCCUGCCGGCCUGUGACAGCUGCUUCACAUGCACCAGAGCAGGACCUCGGGAUCUUUCUGUCUGAUAUGAUGAACAAUUCCCACGUGGAGGAAAGGGAUGGGCCAAUAUAAGAUAUCCCAGGCUGACUAAAAGGAUUAUAUGUCUAAUGGCUUACUGUACAUUGUAAGAAUCGCAGUCUAAUUUAUUUCAACUAUUGUCAAAAUCAACCUCGGAAGUUGUGUCUGGGUUUACUGUUACUACUACGGCAUGUAGGAUGGGCCAAACUCGCUCGGAUCUAUCGCACAGCACCUCCACCCAAAGCAGAACGAAGUGGGAAGCCUGCGAGACAGCCCAACGGCUCCGUAUCCGCAGAUUUCGGAGCGGAGAGAAGCGACGGAGCGACCGGUUAAACAGGAAUCCGAUGAAAAAUAACGUGUUGUCGUGCCUGGGAAGGAGAAAGCGAGACUCCAGCCAAACAGAAGCGGAUUUCGGUUGCGGAAACAGAGCCGGAGAUCCACAAACGCGCCGCGACCACAGAGUAGGCAAGUUGCCGAGGGACGAGGUUGCGUCGGCGGUUGUGGAACAUCGAGCAGCCCCGGGUUAUUUCGAGACACCAGCCGGCCUAGAUGAUGAUACCGAAGCUAAGCAACACGCCGUGAGCCGAGAGGCAACUGCUGGCUCGUCCGAUGCGUCAGGUUUGGAAACGCGGACCGGUGAAGUCAGCGGUGCGGGCUGCGAGGAUCCGAAACCCGAGCGGGAGGACAAUGCCUCGGAUCCCCCGGCGAGGGCCAUGGAAGAGAAGCCGCCGGGCGGAAACAGCCAGGAUCGCUCUGAGGUCAGGGUACUAACGGGGACUAGUCUGACUUCAGCCCCUCCGCUCACCUCUGACCCGCACACCGAGCUUCCGGAUCAACCUUUGAAUAGUGGUCUGUCAAUAACGGACGAGCACGCUGAGGCUAAAAUGACAAAAACUGACUCUAGUAACGUUUCAUAUCCACCCAAAGCGGCCGGUGACCAAAACAAUUGUCCGGUUAAAACUGAGAGCCGAAAGGACUCCGAUCAGGCCCCUCAGAGCCCCCCUGGAGGCCCAAGUUUCCCAGGAACCAUCCCGAAACUCAUCAUAACCAGAGACCCCAGUCCCAGCCGCUCUCAGGGGACACAGGCUCUGCUGAACGUCCCCACGGAGCUCAGCACCGUCUCGUGUCUUGAACCUCAGCCUGAGGACGAGUCUCCCUGCUCGGACAGCGGCUGCGGAGGGUCCCCAGCCCUGAUGCGCUCACCGAGGAAGCUGUCCAACUCAUCCUCCAUCGGCCUGUCUUCUGCAUCGUCCUUCGAGGAGUCCGAGGACGACUUCAAUGGCAGCGACAUCGAGUCCAGUCUGUCUCCGGCCCGGUCUCUCUGCAGCCCGGACGAUGGGACAGGGAAUAAGUCCUGGCAGAAGUUGAAGACGAUGGUUCACUGGUCCCCUUUCGUUGUGUCCUUCAAGAAGCGCUACCCAUGGGUGCAGCUAGCUGGCCAUGCAGGUAAUUUCCAAGCUGGGGAGUACGGGCGCUUGUUGAAACGAUACUGUGAAUGUGAGCAGCAGUGCCUACAGAAGCUGAUGAAGGACACUCUGCGCCCCUAUGUGCCUGGAUAUUAUGGUGUUGUACAGAGAGACGAGCAGGACUACAACCUGAUGGAUGACCUCUUGGCUGACUUUGACUCACCCUCCAUCAUGGACUGUAAGAUGGGCAGCAGGACGUACUUGGAGGAGGAGCUGAUAAAAGCAAGAGAGCGUCCACGUUUGCGAAAGGACAUGUAUGAGAAGAUGGUUGCAGUGGACCCCGGGGCCCCUACAGAGCAGGAGAGGGCCCAGCAGGGUGUCCUCAAACCCAGAUACAUGCAGUGGAGGGAGACGCUCAGCUCCACAGCCACUAUGGGCUUCCGUAUCGAAGGCAUUAAGAAAGCUGAUGGAACUUGUAACACCAACUUUAAGAAGACAAAGCACAGAGAGCAGGUGAUGCAGGCCUUGGAGGACUUUGUUGAUGGCAACACUCAGAUUUUGAAACUCUACCUGCAGCGGUUGGAGGAUCUCCGCUCAGUGCUUGAACAGUCACACUUCUUCAGCACACACGAGGUCGUGGGCAGCUCUCUGCUGUUUGUGCACGACGCCUCGGGGAAGGCCAGAGUGUGGAUGAUUGACUUUGGGAAGACGGUUCCUCUGCCAGACCCUCAGACCCUUGACCACAGGAGUCCCUGGGUGGAGGGCAACAGGGAGGACGGCUACCUGUGGGGACUGGACAACCUCAUAGACAUUUUCGGCAAUAUGCUCCCACAGACACCUUGAGAAGGAGAAUCAGAAGACUGCAAUGAAAGACUUGUCCAGAUGGUGAAAGAGAUACAAGAUCAAGGGAAUUUGAAGAAAAGGAAAGACCGACAGAGCAAUGAUUAGAAGAGUUUGAUUAAUUUUUUUCAAGACCCACACCAUGAUCCAAUUGUCUUUAUCCACUUGUACCUGUGUCAGAAGAGGAGGAAAAGCAAGCACAGGAUUUCUAUUGCAGCGUGGAACAUGCUAAAGGUCAGCCUCAUGCAUUAUGCUCCAUUUGUGGAACUGGCAAUUUGAGGCUAAAGAUAGUAAAAAUAGAAAGAGGAGAAUUUAAGGCAGAAUGGUAAAUUUAUGACUGGGACUGUGAGAACGCAGUCCUCUGAAUUCAUGGACCUCUGACUGUCACUAUUUCCUGGAAAGACACUCAUUUGACAUUACUGAUCUCCCUCUGCUGGUUAGAGUUGCACAGGGCACUCUGACGGCCCUCAACUUGAUCCAGUGGUGUAAAACAUUUUUACACGGCCUUUGAACUUUGGUAAUGGGAGUUUUAUUGUUGUCAUGGACCACUUUUGACGUUUAAGUAUAAAACAACACUAAAACACUGGUCAGACCAUGUGUUAACUAACUCAGUGUGUAAAUACAAUUUUAUUUAAAAUAUUUUUUUUGGCCUUGAUAUAUCCUCCUUACCUUGUUCGUAUAAUUUCUGUGCCUGGCAUUUUUAAAGACAGAGCUGUUUGAUCAUUCCAGUGCAGUAAAUUCCUGCUGUUUUUCUUCCAAAGAGUUCACCCAAGUUUAAACUGAUUUACAUCUAAUCCCAAAGUUUAACUUCUAGUAGAAACUUAGUGUUUUCUUAAUUGAAUUUUUGUAUGAUUAUGCAGUGAAACUUUUUUUUUUUGUACAUUAAGCAGCUUGGCAGCCAUGUUUGUCUGGAAUUUGUUGCACUACAGAUCCUCACAAAGCCAUUGAACAAAUCAAGCUGUUCUUCUGUGUGUCUUAAGAUGGGAAGCAGCAGUCAAGCACUGGGUUUACAGAUGCAGACAUUUAGUAGUUUAGCAUGAAUUUAAUUUGGUGUUAUCACUCAAUUCUCUCUGAUCAGUGUUGCUUUAGAUUGGCAGGCAGUUUUACAGUAAAGCAGUGGCGGUAAGGGUGAAAUGAAACUGGAAUUACCUGAUUAAACUGAUCGGUCUGUUUAGGCUUUCGUGAGAUUUUACUUCGGUACCAACUUACACGUUAUCUUGAAACUGGAAAAUUUGAAUGUGUCUCUUGAUUCAAAGGAUGACACAUAAACAAAAACACGAGGACGUUGCUGUGAAAAUCAUUCAGCUAAAAUAAACAGGAGGUUUGUGGGUUUGAAUUUUUGUAUGCAAGAGUUUACAAAGAAACAACAUUGUUAUAUUUAGAUAUUAAGGCAGUGCUUAUGAUCAUAUCUGUCAUUCCUGGACUGGAAUGAAGCAGGUCCGUGAACAUAACACUCUUCAGUCUUCCAGACGUCUUUCGACAGUGUCAGGCAGCACUGUUUGGGUGUGUGUGGGUGUGCAUAAGCGGCUCACUUAGCACACAAACUGUCUACAUGAGUGCUGCAAACGUCUUGACUUCAUGAAAUUUGAAUUUAAUUUCAGGAAAUAAUUUUUUCCAUCUCUGUAAAAUAAAUGUACAGGGAGAGAGGAAUAAUAGUGUUUACAAAGUAUUAUAUUUCUUUGCCCACAAAUCCUCUGUAUUUGUAAAAUGGCAAACCAUCAGGUUUUCAAACCAGGUGCUGCUUUAUUAGUGAGAAAACUGGAUUCGUAACCACAUUUUGUAUUUUUAAAUGCAGCGUAUCUUAAAGUUGUAAAACACAGACAGACUGGAGAAAAUUGUUCAUUAAUCCCUGCUUUGUCCAGAAGGUCAUGGAUUGCAAUAAACUGGAAAUUAUAGUUUU